AUGGACAGUCACAGGACUCAGAAAUCACCAGAGGUCCUAUAUACCAAGCCCUUUGAGAGAAUGGAUAUUCCUUAUGCUGCUGAACCAAAUACCAGGGAAUCAAAGAGGAGGGCCGUGAUAUAUCAGGGAAUCAGAGAGGAGGUAGUGAUAUAUCAGGGAAUCAAAGAGGAGGGUAGUGAUAUAUCAGGAAAUCAAAGAGGAGGGCAGUUAUAUAUCAGGGAAUCAGAGAAAAGGGAGUGGUUAUAUCAGGGAAUCAAAGAGGAGGGUAGUGAUAUAUCAGGGAAUCAAAGAGGAGGGCAGUUAUAUAUCAGGGAAUCAGAAAAAAGGGAGUGGUUAUAUCAGGGAAUCAAAGAGGAGGGUAGUGAUAUACCAGGGAAUCAAAGAGGAGGGCAGUUAUGUAUCAGGGAAUCAGAGAAAAGGGAGUGGUUAUAUCAGGGAAUCAAAGAGGAGAGUAGUGAUAUAUCAGGGAAUCAAAGAGGAGGGGAGUCAGAGAAAAGGGUAGAGUUAAAUAGUGGUAAUAUCAGGGAAUCAGACAAAAGGAUAGUGUUAAAUAGUGGUAAUAUCAGGGAAUCAGAGGAAAGGAUAGUGUUAAAUAGUGGUAAUAUCAGGGAAUCAGACAAAAGGAUAGUGUUAAAUAGUGGUAAUAUCAGGGAAUCAGACAAAAGGGUAGUGUUAAAUAGUGGUAAUAUCAGGGAAUCAGAGAAAAGGGCAGAGUUAAAUAGUGGUAAUAUCAGGGAAUCAGACAAAAGGGUAGAGUUAAAUAGUGGUAAUCAGACAAAAGGGGAAUCAGACAAAAGGGUAGUGUUGAAUAGUGGUAAUAUCAGGGAAUCAGAGAAAAGGGUAGUGCUAAAUAGUGGUAAUAUCAGGGAAUCAGACAAAAGGAUAGUGUUAAAUAGUGGUAAUAUAAGGGAAUCAGACAAAAGGGCAGAGUUAAAUAGUGGUAAUAUCAGGGAAUCAGACAAAAGGGUAGAGUUAAAUAGUGGUAAUAUCAGGGAGUCAGACAAAAGGGUAGAGUUAAAUAGUGGUAAUAUAAGGGAAUCAGACAAAAUGGAAGAGUUAAAUAGUGGUAAUUUCAGGGAAUCAGAGAAAAGGGUAGUGUUAAAUAGUGGUAAUAUCAGGGAAUCAGAGAAAAGGAUAGUGUUAAAUAGUGGUAAUAUCAGGGAAUCAGACAAAAGGAUAGUGUUAAAUAGUGGUAAUAUCAGGGAAUCAGAGAAAAGGGUAGUGUUAAAUAGUGGUAAUAUCAGGGAAUCAGAGAAAAGGAUAGUGUUAAAUAGUGGUAAUAUCAGGGAAUCAGACAAAAGGGCAGAGUUAAAUAGUGGUAAUAUCAGGGAAUCAGACAAAAGGGUAGAGUUAAAUAGUGGUAAUAUCAGGGAAUCAGACAAAAGGGUAGUGUUGAAUAGUGGUAAUAUCAGGGAAUCAGAGAAAAGGGUAGUGCUAAAUAGUGGUAAUAUCAGGGAAUCAGACAAAAGGAUAGUGUUAAAUAGUGGUAAUAUCAGGGAAUCAGACAAAAGGGCAGAGUUAAAUAGUGGUAAUAUCAGGGAAUCAGACAAAAGGGUAGAGUUAAAUAGUGGUAAUAUCAGGGAAUCAGACAAAAUGGAAGAGUUAAAUAGUGGUAAUUUCAGGGAAUCAGAGAAAAGGGUAGAGUUAAAUAGUGGUAAUUUCAGGGAAUCAGAGAAAAGGGUAGUGUUAUUAUAG